AUGGGAGACCUUAGGCUUUGGUCGCAGCAGAGGGAUGGGAGACCUCAGGCCUUGGUCGCAGCAGGGGGAUGGGAGACCUUAGGCUUUGGUCGCAGCAGAGGGAUGGGAGACCUUAGGCUUUGGUCGCAGCAGAGGGAUGGGACACCUCAGGCCUUGGUCGCAGCAGAGGGAUGGGACACCUCAGGCUUUGGUCGCAGCAGAGGGAUGGGAGACCUUAGGCUUUGGUCGCAGCAGAGGGAUGGGAGACCUCAGGCUUUGGUCGCAGCAGAGAGAUGGGAGACCUUAGGCUUUGGUCGCAGCAGAGGGAUGGGACACCUCAGGCUUUGGUCGCAGCAGAGAGAUGGGAGACCUUAG